UGCCAUUGGCAGUUAGUUCAAAUCUGAUUCGCGGCGGGUCGAGAGUGGAAGUUUUCGCUAGAGCAAGCAGCCUAGAGCAGUGGGUGAAUAUCUCGUCUAAGUAGUAUGCUACGAAACGGGUAUGAGAAUGGAGCUCACUCCAGUGAUAAUGAUGAUAAUAAGCCAACAUAUGCGUUGGAUCACCUGGCCACGUUCAAAUUGAAAAAUGAGGUCGAAUCGAAGCAGCCAAAGGAAAAAAUGAAAUUGCUCAUCGAGCUUGAUAAGACGGGGGGCAUUUGGCCACAUAAGAUGUAUAUGUGCUUCAAUGGCCAAUGGCUUGUCAUGCUUGAUAAGGAUAUGAAGGAAAUUGAAAACUUUCCGGGCAGCUUGAUAACAGAGCCAACGGCUUUUAUCAGCGAUGAUCCACUGGAGACCUACAACAAUAUCUUGAUAUUCACGGUGCCGGGCAUCUCUCUAGGCAACACAGAAAUGCACAUCUUUCAAGUUACGGAUGUGAAUUCAGUGCAUUUGGUUGAGGAUCUGCGACAACUGGCCAGUGGCACUCCAGUGACUGUGGAUCGCAAUAAGACGCCCAUUAAGCUGCCAAAACCCGAGCGUCCUGGCAAUCAACAGGCCAAGGAUCAAUUUGGUAUUGCAGCAGCUGUGGCUGGCAUCGCUGCCGAAAAGAAUGCUCAGGAUCGUGAGCAAACCGAUAAAGAUGUGCAGGUGAUAAAUCACUGCUUCGAGGAUAUUGAACGCUUCAUUGCUCGUCUGCACUAUGCUUCCGAGGCUUUGCUGGAGUUGCAAUCCCGCAAGAAUGAACACAAUCCCCAUGGCGAGGGUUUGCUGGUGCUGCGCUCACGUCCGCCUAUUGAGAGCGAAUUCGCUGACAUUCUGUCCAAGAUCAAGUUGGCACUCAACUUUUCGGUGAAACUGCAGAAUCACUUCAGCAAGGGCAUUAAUCCCGUGCACAAUGUGUUCGUGUCGCUGCAGUCGAUUGUCAAUGUCUGCAAUGACAUCUACGAUGGCGCCCAUUUGCCCGAAAGCAUUGUGCAUCCAUUGCUGCGCAGAGAAACAGUUACAUUUCUGAAUGGCACACUCGACUCCAAUGAGAAGGACCUCUGGUUGAGCUUGGGUCCGAACUGGACUGUGCCCAAGGAUCAGUUCCAAGAUCAAAAGGAAUCCUACCAUCCCAUAUUCUAUGACGAAUGGUCGCCCGAUUGGUGUGUCGAUGAGCCGGUGCCGUAUUUAGCUCCCGCCAUCAAGAAGCCACAAACUCCGUUGGCCAGCCCAGUACCCUUGAGUCCGGGCACCAAUCGCACUUGGCUGGGUCGCUUGCAGACCCGCAAUGUGGACAUUGCCGAGGUGGCCUACAACAAGCAGGCGACAAAUGAUAAGGAACUGAAUGUGACAAAGGGCGAAUACUUAGAGAUAAUUGAUGACUCCCGCAACUGGUGGAAGGCACGCAAUUCCGUUGGCAACGUUGGCUACGUGCCACACACUGUGCUCAUACCCUACAACUUUGAUCCCGCCAGCAAUCGCAAGGCACGCGACACGGACUCAUUGGCUUCGGAGAAUGGCGAUGCCAAUGGCGAGGCCAACAAUCCACUCUAUCGCAACACAAUGGCCAUGUAUGUGCCGCCAGCAGAUCGAGAGUCCCAACAACCGGUGGGUGCGAACAAGAUGAUGCCACGAUCCUACUCCAUGCCUGCCUCCGUGCCGGUGCCGCCGCCAAUGCCGCCAAGCGAGAGCGGAACCCCAACUGAAACGCCCAGUGGCACACUCAAACGCAACAUGGCCAAUGUUGGUGCCAUGGCAGCUAUGCGUGCCCGCAACGAUUGCGAUGCCGAUGAUGUGACAUAUUUGAUGCAGGAUGGUGUCAACGAUGAGCUGCGCGUCAUGCUGCAGCAGAGGCAGCAUCGCAAGGAUCUGGAGAUCCUCAAGACGCCUGAGAUAUACAUCAAUCAAAACUCGAAGCCCAAAGAGGUGGAGGAAUGGCUGCGUGGCAAGGGCUUCUCCGAUACCAUUAUCAAGCGUCUGCACACGCUCAGCGGAGAGGAGAUGUUUGCCUUGUCGCCACACACCAUCGAAAGCUAUUUUGGCCAGCGCGAGAGUCGUCGGCUCAUUUCACAGAUUGUGCUGCAGAAGAACUUCUGUGAGUACAAAACCAUUCGUUCGUCGGAGCUAUCGGCGAAGUUGGCUCGUGCCAGGCAAAAGGCCGAUCAAUCAAAUGGCGAUCCGAACGAGGUCUUCUAAGAGAUACUAUUUCAAUGCUCCCUGUAUUCGUUUUGGUUUAAGCAUUGCUUUGAAUAUUAACAGCACAUGUAAAUCAUGUAAAGCAACACAAUUUUUUAAGUUUUUGGCAUUUACCUAUUUAUAUUGCUUCCUUCAUUUAACUCUUAAACAUAUUUGUAUAUGUGUAAAUAAACAUUUAA